UGAAGCCAUAAGACAAAUUAAAUUUCAUAUACCAGGCAUAAUUUUAAAUAACAGGGAAAAAAUAAAGACGGCUGACAAUUUCCCGACGCAGAAAAUAAAUUAGUAAUAACGAGUAUAAUUCGAUUUAAAGGGAUAGUCAUGCGUGUUCUGCUCAUAAUUUGUUUUUCUUUGGGUAUUUACGCGCAUUAUGCAGCACAAAGAACUGGUCAUAGGAUGAGACUGUUAAAAAAUCACACCAUGAAGCCGCAACCAAAGAAGAAGUUGUUUCUCGGCCCCGCACUUGUAGGCGUCAUGAAAAUAGUUACGCAUGUUGCUUCUCUUCUAUCAGUCGUUGAUGUCACAACCACGUUAUUGGAUCGGUAUUCUGGUAAGCCCAAAAAGCACGAACAUGGUAGCGAAGUAAAACAACAAAUAAACGAAGUGGAGGGGGAGCUAGUGGACCAAGAGACGGAAGAAGACGCAGAAUUAGUCGAUGAAAACACGGACGAAGACGCGUAGAAAAAAAAAUUAAGAUGUUGUAAA